UACCAGAGAUUGGACUGCAUUGACCAUGUCAUUAAUACGGUACUGCGCCAUGGACUCGACACUGGCGAGUUAUCCAAAGCCGACGGUGCUCCGGACAUAGCAGAUACAAUUUCUGCCGCUAAAUCAUUAGUCAGGUACGUUAAACAGUCGGGGUUGGCUGCGCAACUGUCAACAACAUUGCUACAAAUGGGAGACACUCGGUUCAGUACGGUGUACCUCACACUGACGUCUAUACAGACUGUUUAUCAUGAGCUCCAUGAAAAGCUGGAGGCACGAGGGGAGAGCGCGCGCAUUGAAAAAAUAGCACCGGACACAUUGAGCUUUUUGAUAGACUUUCUGAAGCCGUUCUAUGAAGCACAGAGGGAACUUGAAGGAGACAAGUAUCCAACACUUAAUCGUGUGUGUCUCUGGUGUGAGAAACUGAAACGCCACUGUCAGCUUAACGCCCUGGACUCCCCUCAGCAAGCUGUCGUGCGUAAACGGCACGAAGACUGGCUUGCGCGUAAAGUAAUAAUACAAGACCUCCACAAGAUCGCAACAUUCCUCUGGCCAAAAUUUAAUCAGCUGAGAAUGUUGUCACAAUCAGACAGGGAUGCUGUACAUGCGCAUGCCCGCACUCUUCUCCAAGCCAUGGCUGCUGGUGCACUUGAUGUGGAGAUUCGAGACCCAGAGCUCUCUGGAGUCGAACCCACUCCUCCUCCGGCAAAAAGAACGAAUUUUGCAGAGUGGGAAAAUGUACAGCAAGCUGACAUGGAAGAUGACGAGGUCACACGCUACAUUAAUACGGCUGCUGUCAUGGAAAAUGAUAUUGAUGUUCUUGGCUGGUGGAAGAUCAACAAACCAUCCUACCCAAAACUUGCAAAAUUAGCCAGAUCAGUACUAUGCAUCCCGGCCAGUAGCAGCAGCAGUGAAAGGGUGUUCAGUGCUGCUGGACGCACCAUCAGUGAGCGCAGAACCGCGCUAAAGCCUUCUACAGUGGAUUCAAUAAUUUUUCUCCACAAAAACAUGUAAUCUUGCUGCUAUUAACCGUCACGUUGAGGCUGGAUUGUGGAGAGAAGUGGAAUACCGUGGAGUCUUUAUUUUAAUUUCGUUAAUGCCAAAUACCAACCUUAAUUUAGAAUUUAUCUUUAUUUAAUUUGUUAAGAAGUUAUUAUUAUUAUUGGAGUGUUUGCCUAUUUAUAUGUUAAGUGUAUUGGAGAGAAUUUCCGAAGCAAAUCCGCGGAGCCUUCAUCUUAUUUUGGUAUUACCAAAUUCCCAUCUUAAUUUAGAAUUUAUCUUUAUUUAAUUUGUACGGAAAUUAUUAUUAUUGGCGUGUUUGCAUAUUUAUAUGUUAAGUGUAUUGAAGAGAAGUGCCGAAGCAAAUCCCGCGGAGCCUUCAUCUUUUUUUGGUAUUGCCAAAUUACCAUCUUAAUUUAGAAUUUGUCUUUAUUUAAUUUGUUAAGAAAUUAUUAUUAUUAUUGAUGUGUUUGCCUAUUUAUAUGUUAAGUGUAUUGGAGAGAAGUUCCGAAGCAAAUUCCGCGGAGCCUUCAUCUUAUUUUGGUAUUGCCAAAUUCCCAUCUUAAUUUAGAAUUUAUCUUUAUUUAAUUUGUUAAGAAAUUAUUAUUAUUAUUGGCGUGUUUGCCUAUUUAUAUGUUAAGUGUAUUGGAGAGAAGUUCCGAAGCAAAUUCCGCUGAGCCUUCAUCUUUUUUUGGUAUUGCCAAAUUACCAUCUUAAUUUAGAAUUUAUCUUUAUUUAAUUUGUUAAGAAAUUAUUAUUAUUAUUGGUGUGUUUGCCUAUUUAUAUGCUAAGUGUGUUGGGCAUAUUUAGAGUGCUAAGAUUUUACAAUGUUACAGGAGGUUUUAUUUUGUUCCAACUUCCAAGUGGCCUGCCCUGUAGCCAAAUAAAUACUGUUAAACCCGUCUAAAUGACUCAUUCUUGACAAAAGCUGGUGCGUGCGCACAGCCGCACACUUUAAUAAUUUCGGGCUGUAAACGGGUUCGGGCUUUUAAAAAGCUGUCAAUCAAAAUGUACUUUCGGGCUCGGGCCGAAUUCUAUCGGGCUCGGGCCCUUUCGGGCCAAACUUUUAAGGCCCGAUUACA